CCGCGCGGUUUCUGGGAGGACAGGUGAAGGCGACCCACAGAAAGACCCAAGCCAGGGGCCGGUAACGCCGAACCAUCCCUUCGUGACCGCCUCCCAACGGACGUUCCUGAGGACAACAACACCUCCCAGAAGGCUUCGCGGCCCGAUUCAACUUCCGGCCAGAAAGCUGUCUGUGUUUCCUGUGUGAGGAGGAGGCACCGUAAGUCCUGCACCGAAGGCCGGGCUGGAAGGUGCAAACCUACCGUGCCUCGCAACCCUGAGACCUGGCUAGACGCUGAGAAUUGCAGUUACAGUCGUUGAGGGAGGGUCCGGGCAGGGCCCUGAGAGGAAUUGGCCGCGGGUGCGUCUCUGGACCACAUUUCCCAGAGGGCCCGGUGGGCCCGUCGCUCUUCUCGCAAGAACGCGAAAGUUUCGUCACGCCUGGCGGGACCGUUAGAUCGGUGAGGUGAGAGUCGGUGGGUCGCGGGGGACUCGAAAGGCGUAAAUUGAGGAGCCCGGAGAUAGGUACUAAGUUCCACCUUUCUCCAGGUGCAGAAGAGAAGAAUGCACAAUGAACUUCUACAAGCAGUGUCCAAGGGGUCAAUGAUGUUCAGGGAUGUAUCUAUAAACUUCUCUCAGGAGGAAUGGGAAUGCCUGGAUUCUGGUCAGAUGAAUUUAUACAAAGAAGUGAUGUUGGAGAAUUUCAGCAACCUGGUUUCAGUGGGACUUUCCAAUUCUAAGCCAGCUGUGAUUUCCUUAUUGGAACAAGGAAAAGAACCCUGGAUGGUUGAAAGAGAGCUGACAAGAGGCCUUUGUUCAGAUCUGGAAUCUAUGUGUGAGACAAAGAUAUUAUCUCUAAAGAAGAGACAUCUUAGUCAAGUAAUAUUUACCCAUGAAGACAUGCCUACUUUUAUUCAGCCCACAUUUCUUACUCCACAUCAAAAAACUGUUAAUGAAGAGAAACCCUGUGAAUGUAAGAUAUGUGGAAAGGCCUUUAAUCAGAACUCACAAUUUAUUCAACAUCAGAGAACUCAUUCUGCUGACAAAAGCUAUGAGUGUAAGGAGUGUGGGAAGACCUUUAGCCGUGGCUCACUUGUUACUCGACAUAAGAGGAUUCACACUGGUGAAAAACCCUAUGAAUGUAAGGAAUGUGGCAAGGCUUUUAGUUGUAGUUCAUAUUUUUCUCAGCAUCAGAGGAUUCACACUGGUGAGAAACCCUAUGAAUGUAAGGAAUGUGGAAAAGCCUUUAAUUAUUGCUCAAACCUCAAUGAUCAUCAGAGAAUUCACACUGGUGAGAAACCCUAUGAAUGUAAAGUAUGUGGAAAAGCCUUUACUAAGAGUUCUCAACUUUUUCCACAUCUGAGAAUUCAUACUGGUGAAAAACCUUACGAAUGUAAGGAAUGUGGGAAGGCCUUUACUCAACACUCAAGGCUUAUUCAACAUCAGAGAAUGCAUACUGGUGAGAAACCUUAUGAAUGUAAGGAAUGUGGGAAGGCCUUUAGUAGUGCCUCAACGCUUACUAACCAUCAUAGAAUUCAUGCAGGCAAGAAACUCUAUGAAUGUAAGGAAUGUGGAAAGGCCUUUAUUCAGAGCUCAGAACUUAUUCAACAUCAGAGAAUCCAUACAGAUGAAAAACCUUAUGAAUGUAAUGAAUGUGGGAGGGCUUUUAAUAAAGGCUCAAACCUUACUAGACAUCAAAGAAUUCAUACUGGUGAGAAACCCUAUGACUGUAAGGAAUGUGGAAAGGCCUUUGGUAGUCGCUCUGACCUUAUUCGUCAUGAAGGAAUUCAUACUGGGUGAAAGAUAAGCCCUUUUGAUAAUAUUUAUAAUAAUAUACUUAAAACAGCUAAUGGAAAAAAAAAACAAAACAAAACAGCAUGGUAGUUUUUUUAGGCUACUGUAACACAGUACCGAGUACCCCAAAAUGGGGUGACUUAAAACAACAGAAAUGUAUUCUCACAGUUUUGGAGCUCUGAAAUCCAAAAUUGAAGUUGUUGGUAAGGUUGGUUCCUUCGGAGGACGAUUUUAUUCCAUGUCUUUCUCCUAGCUUCUGUUAACAGCAUUCUGUGACAUUCCUUGUCUUGUAAAUGCAUCACUCCAAUCUCUGCCUCCAUCUUUACAUUUCAUUCUCCCUGUAUAAAUUUGUCUCUGUCUUGUAUACAAGAGGAGACUCAUACAGGACAUCUGUCAUAUUGGAUUAGGGCUCACCCUUAUGACCUUACUUUGAUUACAUCUGCACAACAACCUUACUUCCAUGUAGGAUCACAUUCACAGGUGCCAGAAGUUCGGACAUCAACCAUAGUUUAACCCAUAACACUGUUAACAAUGUUUUUCUAACAUAUUUACAGUUUUCUUGUAUACAUAAUUUGUUGAAUCUAUUUCAAAAUGUCAGUUCAAUGUUUAAGUUAAACCUCCCUUCCCUCCAAAAAAGAUUUUGUCUCAAACUAGUUCUUAAAUAAUUCUUUCCACCCCAUUGUUUUAUGCUGCUUGAGUUUGAGUUGUUAGCUUAGUUUUAGAGCCAUCUUUUCUAUUGCUCUGCCCUAUAGAUCUGUUUCUACCAAUACUAAACUAUAAGUUACAAUACAUAGACUAUCUUCUAAUUCCUGGCAGAAUUAUAACUCUGUUUUUGAAGGCAGCUCUAUUUCUUUCCUUUUUGUAACGCUAAAGUUUUCACGUUUUCAAAACGAAACAAAACAAACAAAAUCCUUCACACACACAGUGGAAAAAAAAGUAGGUUAUUUGUAAGCCUACCAAAAAGAAAUUACUAUUUUCAAAUUAUACAGCAUAUCCUUCCAGACUUUAGUGUAAUCAUGAUGUGCAUACUAUACCAUAACCUGUUUAUCAUUCUUUUUAAUGGUAUCAUAAUAAUCUUUUCUGUGGUAGAUUAUCAUUUUGCUAAAUAUUACUGACAUACUCUAUGGUGCUCACUGAAAUUUUACAGUUAUAAAAGUUGCCUUCUAAAUA